GCUGCAUUGCGUCACCAUAACAACUUCAGCAUUACCAAAUAGUCCUUUCGGAUCAUAGUUUCCUGGCGAAACAGACUGGUGUGCCCAUAAAUAAAUUUUGCAUUGUUUUCCAAAAGAGGCAAAGUCAGUGCUACAGCAGGUGGGAUUGCAUCCAGAAACUGGAAGAGCACCACCUAAGGCAAAUGUCAUCACUUCUCCAUCCACCCAGAGUGACAGAAACACCUCACAGAGAGCCACUCCUUUACGUCUCCUCAACAGUGGAUGGUCACAUCUUAUGUGUUGGCCAAGAUGGACUGGUUUCCAUUUGGAGCGCAAGCUUAAAACUGAAGAAAACCUCUCUGAUUCUUGAUGAAAAUGAAAACAAACUACAAAACAGGAGGCUAAAGUGGGUUUUCGACUCUAUUUUAAUGGCCCAUUACAACAAGCUAAUUAUUGGAACCUGUAACAGAGAGAUACGACUCUAUGAGCUCUCCAACUUGGAACCGUAUUGCCAAAUUGUGUCGCUUGAAACAAUGCCUCUGUGUUUGGAUUAUAGUGUUCGGGGAGAAGGAGAAUGUGUGAUAUCAUAUGGUGAUGAGCAGGGCUGUGUUAAUAUCCUGUUGAUCAGUUCUGUGGCAGAAACACUGAGGAAUUGGACAAAAUAUCCACCCGUGAAAGAAAUCCCAACGAUUUCUGCCAAUGCUAUUUAUGAGCAAGAAAAUAUCACCUUCAUUCGCUGGAAGGUUCAUAAUGACUGGGUGACAAAGAUCAAAUAUAUCCCUUCUAUGGAAUCCAUCAUUUCUAGUUCAAAUGAUGAUUGCACUGCACUGGUUAUAGGUUACGUUAGCAGAACCAAAAAUGUGAAGCAUCGCUUGAAAACUCUGAUGGGUUCCAGCACUGUCAGCCAUAACAAAUUCGCCCUACCAGCUACUGCUUCUCCAGCAAGGCGCUUUCAAUGUGAUGAAUCUGUUUUUAAGGUGCACAAAGGAGUCAAGACCUUUGACUUCUGCAAAGAAAGCAAUAUUCUUGUGACUGGUGGUUUGGACCGGACUAUCCGUCUAUGGAACCCUUAUGUCCCUGGGUGGCCAAUUGCAGUACUGCGAGGACAUACUUCCCCAAUUGGUUUCCUAUGCAUUGCUCAUGACAGUACAAAGAUUUUCUCAGUUUCUCUGGACAGCACCAUCAAGGUCUGGGAUACUGAAGACCACUCCUGCCUUCUCACAGUCAUGCCCAAAGCCAGCCAAAUCAGAGGGGAGAUGGAAGCCUGCUACCUUUCACCCGACUUGCGAGCCCUUUAUGUUGCAGCUGAAACUUUUGGGCUCCUACAAUUCCAAUAUAAGGAGAAUCAGAACCAAGAUUCAGGCACAUCCCAUAACAAGCCUAUCUUUUGCUGCCAGUAUAACCAGCAAAUGCAGCAUGUGAUUAGUUGCUCAGAAGACUCCGUUAUAAAAGUGUGGGAUCUUAAAACUGGACAGCUGAUUGUUAAAGUGUGUGAAGCUCACGGAGAAGCUGCUGUAACUUGCAUGGCCUUAGAUGCCAUUGGAAAGAGGUUGAUCACUGGUGGCGCAGAUGGCAGUCUGAAGAAAUGGGAUAGCAGCACCCUUGGAUACAUGCGCACCAUUAAGCAAGCUACCAGUUUAGCUGAUGAAGUCACUGCUUGCACCUAUGCUGAUCUUUACGACAACAGAUACAUCAUCUCUGUUGGAUGGGGCCGGAAGAUCAGUAUUUUUCUAGAUAUUCAGGAUAUUGAUGAUGAUGUCGUUGAAGGAUCAUACCCACAACUGGACUGGAUUAGAAGUAUGGAACAGGGUCACAAGGACGAUAUUUUAUGUGUAGCUUCGUGUCCUCCACAUUUCUUGGCCACUUCUAGUUUUGAUGGUGAAGUUCUCAUAUGGAAUCUGGUAUCUGGACAUCUCUGCAGCCGUCUUCAUGCUGUAGACAGAGCAGCAAGAGAAGGAGAAACAGAGGAUUUAACCAUCAAUAAAAUCGUUUUCCUCUUAUCAAGGCUGGAAAGGAAGAAAACAGCUGCAGUGUUAGUGGCUAGUGGACCUAGAGGUUAUAUUGCAUUCUGGAAUAUAUAUGGCCGUGGGAGCCUUUUUGCUUAUUUUGCUAGUUCCAAAGAAAGAUCCACAGUCAGUGACAUGGCAGUUGAUGACAAUGACUUCCUCUUGUGUGCAGGAGACCAACUGGGCUUUCUCUAUAUCUGGAACAUUGCAGAAUAUGCCAUUAAUGGCCCAGAAGCCAAGCCACCAGUUUUACUUCACAGCUGGAACACUCACAACUGCAGCAUUACCAGCAUCAGCCUUAUGAAUGAGCACCAGCUUCUCCUCACUACUUCUUUAGACUAUAAUGCAAAGUUGUGGAGCAUAAAAGGGGAAUAUAUAGGUACAUUUGGUCAAAGAGAACUAUGGAACAUAAAAGAGAAGUCAUCUUGGGGACUAUCGGAAUCCAACCCAAGUUCAGAAAAUAGCUCUGACUCUUUUGGACAGGAAUCUACAAGAAUCUUUGACACACGGAAGAAAUCCAAGAUGGAUGCUGAGAUGAUUUGGGACACUUGCACUUCAAAGAUGGUAAUAGAUGAUGAACUUGCUGAAGAAUUGAAGCAAAGGCAGAUAGACAGACUACACAGAUCAAAGCAGUUCCAGUGGAAACCUAUUCAACAUGAUGGAAACCGAAUGAAUUCUUAUCACUCUCUUCCACUGUGUGAGUUAGCCGACACACAGCCUGCCUUCCACAAACCAAAUCUAGCAGCAGAACUUGACGACCCAUUUCAGUUGGAAAUUUAAUAGCUUCUUGGACAGGCUGUAGGGCAGAGGCCGCCUUUAAGCAACUUUUCUCAAAUGUAUGAUGUGUAAAAAGCAUGCAGAAUUUAGAAAUUGUGCUGAUGUGUUUUUUUCUGACCAAAGAACUUUGAUGGCUGUUAAGAGAUCAGUCCUCUUCGUGGACAUUAAUCCCAUUGGAUAGGACGAUUAUUGUAUUACGGUAGCAGAUUAAGCUGAAACUAGUGGCAAUAAAAAAGUCUCAGGAGAACAUCACUUCUGGUUCAAGAAGUAGAUUUAAAUAUUUAUUAUAAAUAUUUACACACAAUCUCUGGUAAAUUAGUGUUGCCACUUGGAAAUCAACUGACAUAUUCAUCCAUUUGUGCAUGAUGUCACUAUGAAGGAUUCCAUCUUUACAUAUAAACACUUUGCAUACUUAAACACUGCUAUAAGUUUAUUCAAGCUGAACACGCUCCUGUCCCAUGGAGACACAAUUACAUAAGAAAACACUUGCUAAAUAUAAAAUGUCUGCAGAACUCUGGCCAUGGCAGCUGAUUGACUUUAGCUUCAGCUUCCAUUAUGGUGAACAGAUUUCCCCAAUUCACACCAUUUUUCUGUAUCAAGUACGUGCGUUAUGAGAAAAUUGAAAAGAUCAUUCUUCACAAUAAGAUUUUACACUUCUGAGUGACUUUAACCUGCUAGCUAUUCUAACUGCUGUUUAAAGUAGCUCUUCUGAAGCAAGGCUGGAAAUAAAACAGUCUUGUUUUGGAACCUUAGGGGUAUCUGUGUGUGUAUUGUGUCUGUGUGCAAGAAAGGAAGAUAGCAGGAAAGUUUCCACUUAUACAGAAAGUUGACUCAAAAAUGACAUUUGUCUGUAGGGUAACAGCUCUAUAAAGAAGCUUGUACUUUGAAUUAUGGCCUAUUAAUCUACUGAUUUUUGUAAGAUACCUACUUGCAAUUAGGAAUUAAAAUGGAGCGGUGGGGGGGUAGAUGAAAAAAUUGUGUGAAAUUGCAGUCAAACAUAAUAUGCAUGAUUGCUAGUUACUGCAUGAAUGGAUUAAGAAAAUAGAGCUGGAUUCCCAGACUUGACUAUCUUACACACCCUCUUCUCUGAUGUGCUAGAAAGCGAAGCCUUCUCUUCCUGUUCUCUCUCUGAUCAAGGAGCAAGCUUAGAACGUGUUUGAAGUUUUUGUUCUGUAUUUUCUACCCAAUAGUAUUCUG